AUGCAUCACCUAGUGCUCCUCUUCAUUCUUACGUAUCCUUCCCUCCUCUUUGGCUUCCCUUCUGUGCCAUUCAAAAGCUCGAAACGAUGGGUUGUCGAUUCCACUGGUACGAACUUUACCUACAUUGGUGUGAAUUGGCCUGGAGCUGCAGAUGUCAUGAUCCCAGAAGGCCUGCAGUAUGCCUCAAUUAGGUCUAUUGUUAGUAAAAUCAAAAGUCUUAAGAUGAACGUCAUUCGCUUGACUUUUGCGAUUGAAAUGGUCGAUGAUAUCAAAGAUAAUGGUGGAGACGUGACGAUCCAGCAAGCGUUUAGCAAAGCCCUUGGGAGUAAAGGAGACGCUGUGUAUCAACAGGUACUAAAAAGCAACCCCCAAUUCAACGCUUCUACGACAAGGCUACAAGUUUUCGAUGCGGUUGCAGCCGAAUGCGCAAAUCAAGGCAUCUACGUACACCUCGAUAAUCACAUGUCGAAAGGUGCAUGGUGCUGUUCGACGAACGAUGGAAAUGCUUGGUUCGGGGAUACUUACUUUAACGCCGACAAGUGGAAGCGUGGUCUCCAGUACAUGGCGGAACAUGUGAGUCUGACAGAUUUUCCAUUAUUGCAAACUAAGAAUUGGUCCAACAUGAUCUCAAUCGGCCUCCGGAACGAGUUUCGGAAGCCAGAAAAAGCUGGAUCAUCCCAAGCAUACAAUUGGCAGAUAUGGUACUCUCAGAUGGUUGCAGCCGCAGACCUUGUGAACGCUGCGAACCCAGACAUUCUCAUCUUCCUAUCUGGUCUUGAUUUUGAUACGACGCUGUCCCCAAUCCCGGGUGCGAGUGAUCUUGGUGGAGGAAAAAAAUUCCAGCGGGCCAGUUUCAAAUACGCUGACAAGCUGGUGCUCGAGUUGCACAAUUAUCAAAACUCGGCAACGAGCUGUGAUAGCAUGAAAAGCGGGCUCUGGAACAAUGGCUUCAAGGCGUUAGAUGCCUCCGCGAUCAACCAAAUGCCAGUUGUCUUGACCGAGUUCGGAUACCAACAGACGGAUAGCUCAUACAAUGGGGUAUAUGCGAGCUGCCUGAGGAAGAUCGUUCCAGAAUGGGAUGCUGGGUGGACUAUUUGGGUGCUGGCAGGGAGCUACUAUAUUAGGUCUGGGACGCAGGACUACGAAGAGACCUGGGGGUUGAUGAAUCACAAAUGGACAGAUUGGAGAAGUGCGAACGCCAUCAAAGGAUUGCAGGAGAUGAUCGACGCCUCUCUGGGGUAG